AUAAUAUUCUUCUCAUCUUUUGCCUACUUUUCUUUCUGUCUUUCUCUCUCUCUCAAUAAUCUCCUACUCUUAACAGCUUUUCCCAAUAGCUUUCUUUGACUUGCAAAGGUGUUUUCCUCAUCUAAACAGAACAGCAGGAAUCAUUUCAGCUUUCACCAUUUUUGCACCUCAAUAUAUCUCAAGUUUGGCUUGCAUGACCUGCUUUCAUAAGAAACAUAAAAGACCUAAAUACAGUUUAGGAGAUUUGUAUAUAAGAUGGGGUGUUUUACAGUCUUGAAAAGUAAGAAGAAAAAGUCUGAGCAGUCAGUUUUUGUAAAUCGCUUUGCCCAUAAGAAGUACAUGCCCACCACACUGCCUGAGCCCCAAGUUCAGACCCGAUCACUGCAAUCCGCACCCCCAAGUUUUAGAACCAGAGUAAAACCAAUUCAACCUAAUAACAAGUCAACCAGCAAUAGGACACGUGCAUUAUCUGCUCCGUCAAGUCUUGAUGCUGCUGAGCAAGAUGCGCUUGCAUCACUUGAAUUUGAAGAACAGGAGGCGAAGAGUCGUGCUGUGUUAGUGAAGGAACAAAGGUCAUCAACUCCACAGCCUCUUCCACUUCCAUCUCCCCAUGGUACUGUGCUGAAGACAGUGGGAAGCUUUAAAAGGAAUGCCAGUGGCCCUCUCUUUGCUUCUGGACCAUUGCCCUUACCUCCUUCUGGAACACUCAGAAACUUUGCUUAUGAAGAAAUCGCAGCUGCUUGCCAUCAUUUCUCUUCUGAUCGAUGCACAUCUGAGGGUCUGUCUUCUGUUAUGUAUAAGGCUUCCUUCGGAGAUGAUACAUCAAGUUCAAAGAAGUUUGAAGCUACUGUUACUCGCCUUCACCCAUCCACUCAGGGUUUAAGGGAGUUUAUAAAUGAAGUAAACACUCUAGCAUCAUUGCAACAUCCAAACCUCUGUAAAUUGCUUGGAUACCAUGCACGUGAUAGUUCAGAACAAAGAAUGUUGGUCUACGAGAGGCUGUUUCAUGGAAGCUUAGAUCGGCUUCUGUAUGGGAGAUCAGAUGGACCACCACUUGAUUGGAAUACCCGGAUGAAAAUUGCUUUAUGUUCUGCACAGGGUCUUACUUUCUUGCAUGAGGAAGGGCCAUUUCAGGCAAUGUACAAUGAAUUUUCAACGGCCAACAUACAGAUUGACAAGGAUUUCAGUGCAAAGCUUUCAGGAUAUGGGUGUGUUGGUCAUAUUCCGGAGACAGAAGAGAUCUCAACUAAUUCAGCUGCUGUUGCAAAUCUCUCAGUAGAGACUCUGGAGAGAGGAUGGCUAACUCCAAAGAGCAAUGUUUGGAGUUUUGGAAUUGUUCUACUUGAAUUGCUCACGGGCCGGAAGAACCUGGACAGCCGACAUCCCAGGGAAGAGAGGAACCUAGUGAAGUGGAGCCGACCAUUCCUAGCUGAUGAUUGUCGAUUGUCACUCAUCAUGGAUCCUCAGCUCAAAGGUCGCUUUCCUAUGAAAGCCGCGCGCACAGUGGCUGACAUAGCGCAAAGAUGUCUCCAGAAGGACCCAUCAGAAAGGCCAACCAUGAGAACCAUAGUUGAGCAUCUCAAAAUUAUCCAAGACAUGAAAUAUUCCUGUCGGUUUCCUCUGCAAGAGCCAGUGGCAAUUGCUGGAAAACAGAUGUCAAGGUCACCUAGUCUUAAUGGGAUCAUCACUCCUGGACCCAGGUUAAGUUUCUCACCAUCCCCACCAUCUGGAGCCCGGCUGUCUGUUUCUCCUACAAGACCAUCUGCGUUGCCAUCGACUCUUCCACCACGUGCUUGUUCCUCUACCCUCUCAUUAGAGGAACUUGAAAGGCAAGAAAGUCGGAGAUCAUCAUCAGCAGCCCUUAGAAGGGCUAGUGUGGAAGGAUUUUGAUUGUUUAUAAUAUGCAUUUUUUCAUUUUUUGUUUAUUUUCUUCUUUUAAAUUCAACACAACAUAUAGAAGAUAAAGAUGUGGUUCUUCCACCCCCUAUUCCUCUAGAUGAUGAAAAAGAGGAUGCUGUUUUGUAGAUAAGAGUGCAAGCCUGAUCUGAAAAUGGAUCGAUUAUUUUCUUCCAAUCCAAAAUGCUAUGGUGUCUGUGUGUGUAUACGUAUGUUCAUAUAUCAGAGUUUACUUAUGUACAGGAUGUGAGAUCCUAAUGAUUUUUUCUGA